UCCAGUGUGUGCGGUGUGUGUGGCAGCGUGCGCUAGCUAGGCGCUAGGAGAGUGUAUGAUUGAUUUGGGUAGUAAUUAGUACAGUAUAGUAGCUAGUUAAGCUAGAUUUAGCAUGGCGUUCUCAUCGUCGGAGGGCGCCGUGCCGGCGGAGAGGGUGGCGGCGGCGGUGAACGACCUCGUGGUGGUGCGCGAGGGGCUGGUGGCGCUGAGGGGAUGGUUCUUGCCGCCGCCGCCGCAGGCCGAGCAGUCGUCGUCGUCGCCGCCGCCGCCGCCGUACGCGGAGGUGAUGGACGCGAUGAUGAGCAGGCUGACGAGCGCGAUGUCGGCGUUGGGCGGCAGCGGGGACGUCGCCGGGGAGGCGGAGGCGGCGGGGAGGUGGAGCUCGCCGGCCGCCGGGACGUCCGCCGACGGGGCGGCGGUGAUCGUCAGGCAGGCCGGCGAGAGCAGCUCGGCCGGGAGGACGAGGAAACGCGGCGUCCGCGUCGGUGGCAGGUCAGGACGAGGACGCUCUUCUAACAAGACGGUCGCUGCAACACUGGACGACGGUCACGUGUGGCGGAAAUAUGGGCAGAAAGACAUCCAGAAUUCACCUCAUCCAAGGAGCUACUACAGGUGCACGCACAAGGUAGACCAAGGCUGCACGGCCACGAGGCACAUCCAGCGUUGCGAGAACGACCCGUCCAAUUACGUCAUCACCUACUACGGCGAGCACACCUGCAGGGACCCUUCCACGAUAAUCCCGACGGGCGCCAUCGCCAACGGCGCCGGCGUGGCGAGCGACGGCGCCGCCGGAGCAAACAACAUCAUCAGUUUCGCGGCGGUGCGUUACGUCGCCGACGCCGCCACGGCCACGGUCGGGUAUGGUGCGUCGUCUCGGCUGGCGAGGGAAGGGACGACGAGCACGGCCGGUACCCGGCCGACGUCCCCGUCGUGGGGCGCCAGCGGCGGCGACGACGUGUUCAGCUCGUCGGGCGAGCCGUUCAUGCAGUGGGACGAGCUCGCGGCCGCCGUCGUGCACGUGAGCUCGGCAGCGGUAACGUCGUCGACGGUGGGAUCCGCGCCGGCGGCCGAGAACGACGGUGCGAACGGUGACACGGCUGCGGGAGGAGGAGGAGAGGGAGGUAGCGGCGGUGGCGGUGCCGCGGGCAGCUUCCCAUCGUCUCCGAGCACGGGCAGCCUCGGCUUCGUGGUGAGCAUCGGGCACGAUGGCGGCUUCUUUCCGUUCGGUCCCUGAAGUCGGUCGACGCCAUCGAUAUCGAACUAGAAGUCGAUCAGUAUAUGUGUUUGUUGCACAAUGGUCGCAAUAGUACAUAGCAAUAAGUUGCAUUUCUUCUUUCCUAGGGACGGCAAUCGGACCCACGGGUCCGGGGGUCUAACGGGUUUUGUACCCAAUGGGUGCGGGUAUAUGUGAAGAUUUGUAUCCAUGGGUUUAUGGGGAUGGGUAUCCGUGAGGCUAUGGGUUGGAUACGGGUUUUAGAUUUAAUCCGCGGGUGUCCAUUGGGGCCCCAAAAAUCUAGUGACGCCUUAAAAUAUUCGACAUGAAGCAUUCUUAUUGUUUAGUUUUAUAAGCCGGGAGCAUGAGAAUAUUGUUGAUGCAUGAUU